CGACCUCGCAGAGCCCUGAAAGGGUCCCAGAGACCCCAGGGGUCUGCAGACCAGNAUGUCGUCCUACUCGCUGGAGCAGAGCUACCUGCACCAGAACGCCCGCGAGGACCUCUCAGUGGGGCUGCCUCGAUACCAGCACCACUCCACGCCCGUGUGCGACAGGAAGGACUUCGUCCUCAACUUCAACGGCAUUUCCUCCUUCCACCCCUCUGCUAGCGGGCCCUACUACCACCACCACCACCACCAGAGCGUCUGUCAGGACAUCAAGCCCUGUGUCAUGUGAACGGGGGCACCAGGCCCUCUGUCCCCCCAGGGGCGAUGGCUGAGGUGGACUCGGGCGGCCGCCGUAGCAGGAAGUGGCACACCGGUCCCUUCGCCAGAACUCCCCCGCGAGCGCUGUGCACAUCUGUCUACCGUUGGUGGAAGGACAGUGCCUGGCAGAAUAAUGCCCAAGACGCGCAGGCUCCCAGCGAGGGGGGGACGCCGCUUCUGAGCAGAGAUGGCGAGAACUUACCACGAGGAAAACAAGCAUGGACUCUGGGAUCUUCACUGCCUUCAGAAAUCAGGGUCUGUGUGUGUUUUCCUUUGUGUAUGGAAAAUGCACGUGCUUUUCCAGAAGGCAGUGCUGAGCGCAGGAUUUCAAGAAAGCCUCAUCUUGCUCCGUAGCUAAGCGGGAGAGCUGUGUUUUGCAACAAACACUACCUUUGGAUACAGGUGCCAAAGAAGGUUCUCAAGAAAGUAUUUAGCAACAACGUGUCUAGUUUAAGAACAUGGUUUUCGGUAUCAUGACAAUACGACGUUUUUUAACAAGGUUGUUUUGUACCACAUUUUAAAGCUAUUUCUAUGAUUGUCGUGUAUACUCACACUUUGCUUGUAUUUUAAAAGGAGGAUAUAUUUGCACUUACGUAUACUUUUACAGUUUGCCGAACUAUUUUGAUGUACAAUUUUUUCAAUAAAAUGUAUAUAACAAAUA